GCUAGAGAGCCUCUUUCUGUUCUUCUUGUGGUUAUAUCAUAAGGGGCCGUUAGGGGUUUUGCCUUGAACACUAUCCUUUAUCGUUGUAUGCCAUACACAACAACAAGAAAGCAAAAAAUUGGACUGAAAGUAAAAUGAUAUCAUGGCAUUCCUUUUGAUCGACAGAUGCUUGUUGCGAAAGCCCUAGGAGUUCCUGCUAAUAGAAUAGUAGUGCGCACUAAAAGAAUGGGUGAGUUUUUGGUUUAAUACUAUUACCAUCAUCUUGUAAUCUGUAGUUUUUGUGUGACAAAGUAGAUUGUAAUCUUCCGUAAGCAGACCCCCUGGGGCAAGUUUUAUGUGUGCGCUUUCGACUUUCAUGCAUGGUUUCCUUCUUGUGCUCCUUAGGUGGAGGGUUUGGAGGCAAGGAAACUCGUAACUGUUUCCACACGAGUGUAGUAGCAGUGGCCGCUGCCAAGUAAGUUUGUCUGCGACUUUUAUACCUUCGACCCCUUGCGCUAGUGGUCAAUAAAUCUCCUGCGGUUUCUAUUACUGUACGCGCGAUCGAUGAUCUUUUAAGAGAGAAUAGGAAGCCAGGGAACAGACUACGGCUUUUUCAGUGCGUCCACUUAUGCCCCAAAUGUUAAUGUCUAGUAUGAACAAGAAAAUUCUCCGCUGUGACACUGUUCAUUGUUUAUGGCCUAUUUAUCUUUAUCAAGAGAGAAUACACUUUGCGUGUUGUUGGUGAGCAGAAACCUUUUAAAAAAGAAGACAUAUUUGCAGCCCGAGGAAACAGUUGUGAUUUCGCAGCGCCAACGGUGGUUUUCCCGGGAAAUGACAUCUAUAGAACGAGCGCAGAAAUUCCAUACUGAUGAAGUGUCACUAUCCAGAUCAGGGCAGUGCUUCUGAUUGGUUGAAGUAAAUUUCCUUCGCGGUACCACCAAUCAGAAGUACUACCCAGAUUUGGCUAGUGACACGUCAUCAGUAUGGCGUUUCUGCCGUCAUUUCUCAGACAUCAUUUCGCGGGGAAACCAGUGGUGGUGACGCGAAAUGUCGGCUGUUUUUUCCGGGUAACAUCUUUAGUGAUCUCUUUUCAAAUUCUGAAGACUCUUUGUACGGAAACUGAAGUAGGAGAAUGCUCACGCGGUUUUCGAGGAUCACUCGCGCGCGAUCGUCGACGCUUGGUCAGUUUUCUCGCGGGCUGUGCGUUCUUUACACCACGCGUCAGAACAAAAUGGUGAAUUGACAAAACCCGUAUCUUUCAGGACUGGUAAACCUGUGCGAUGCAUGCUUGAUAGAGAUGAGGAUAUGAUGAGUACAGGCACAAGGCAUCCUUUCUUGGCUAAAUACAAGGUAAUAUGAUAACAGUUGAAGUAAACGAGAAAUAACAGGAUAUUCUUGUUUGUUUGUUUUUUUUUCGAGCGCGUUCCAAUUUGCUGAAACUCUAACCGAAAAGUCUCGAAGAAAAUGGGUGAAUUGAUCUUUUAGGAAAGUUGGCUUUCCGUGAGACUACUUUUGAUCACAAUGCAAUUUUACUUUUUGGAAAUUUCAGUCUAAAACGGAAUGCACCGGGUCGGUCUAUAAUGGUCUUGACGACCCUUUUCGAAUGUGGACGUGAAAGUCGUUUUGAUGAGGGAGAAGCAAAUGAGAAUGGUCCGAAGUCUUGUACUUUUCGCCUCUCUAAAAUGUCGAAAAAUUAUGAACGAAAAUUUUGGCUCGCUGAAUCACGCCGUACGUCGGGACUUGUCGGAAAAAAUGUAAAUUGAAUUGUCUUUCCUGUCUUUGUCAACAUCUUCGCAUUUUCUGUUUUCUUUGUGUUUGUUUAGGUUGGUUUUACUACUAAUGGCAAGAUCAAAGCAUUGGAUGUAACAUUAUACAGCAACACUGGAAACUCUCUGGAUCUGUCGGCAGCUGUGAGUCAUAAUUCGUGUGCUGAAGCAAAGGCUUUUUUGAGGGACGCACGUCUACCGGACGUGACGCCGUUUUCCCGCCGCCUAUGGCUUGACGCUACCAAAUUUGUUUGCUCUUAUAGAGACGAUUUACCUCUAAAUUUGGGUAAAGCCAGUGCUCAAUAAUGCAAAAACUAUACGUUCGAUUGGCGUACGUCUUUUGAAAACGCCUUUGCUUUAACCCCCUAUUUUCUGUUACAAUUAAAAAAAAAUCGGGAGAACAGACGACGUCUCUUCUCCCGCUUUUUUUGAGGGAGGGGGGACGUCUGUACACAGGCUAGUUACAAUAAGCAGUGCCGCAAACGGGUCCCGGAGCAUAACAGGGAGCUACUUAGUGAGAAGUUCAUCUCGAGUUUCUGAACCCAGCGAAAGUGGUUCAGUGUCAUUUAAAAUUACUCUGUUAUUGUGCCUCAGCUAUGAGUUUAUGUCUGUGGCUUUAGAUAGCUAGGAUGGAAACAGAUUGUAACUUGAAUAAUUGUGGGCCGACGUUUUCAAUCUUAACUCCUUUGUUGUCGAAAAAAUGACCAAAGUCGACCACGCUUUGUUUUCCCUUUGAUAGAAUUACUUGAUUUGUUUCCUUUGGAGUUCCAAGCAUGACAACUGAAAGAUGGCGAAAUACUUAAUUAGUUAUAAUUUUGACCAAAAAAAAAAAAAAUGUGGAACUCACUAUGAGAUAGGUGCUUUCUGCAACAGAACGAUAAAUGCGAGGCGAGAGCACCGAUGUCUCGGGAAACUGCCUGCUCCUACGACGUGUGUAACCACCAUUUUUGUCAUUUUUGUGCAGGUGAUGGAGAGAGCUGUUUUCCAUGCAGAAAACUGUUACCUGAUUCCAAAUAUCCGCGUACUUGGUUACAUGUGCAAGACGAAUCUCCCCUCCAACACUGCAUUCAGAGGUUUUGGUGGACCGCAAGUAUGAAAUCUCUUAUGUUAUGGACAGAAGUUCUUAAUUAUAUCAUAGUAAUUGUAUUUGUCAUGUCAGUUUCAUUUCUUGGCCAAAAAUAAAACACGCUUCUUUUCGUUCGAAGGGCAUGAUGUUCGCAGAAUCGUGGAUAACUGACGUUGCAAUCACCUGCGGCAUUUCACAGAGACAGGUGAGUACUAUACCCCCCUUCCUCUCCCAUCUCCCGCAAAGAAUGAUCAGUAACCCCUGGCCUCUUACACUGCAAUGAAUUAAGGGAGAAAACUUCAGUAAGAACAAAACUUGUGUAACGGCCAAUGAACAACAGAACUAAAGAAGACUUGUAGUAAGACGUACUUCUCAAUUACUGUUAUCUUUGAAUGGUCUUAUUCGAGGGAUCUUUUUUUGAGCUUAUCCCAGACUUUGAAGGGAUUUUCUGCAUCAUUUACACAACUUAACCCAAUGAAUGGAAAGUACUGAUCAGUGUUUUUCACUCCAGUGAUCACACUUCCGGAUUUCAUUCCCAUACUCAAAAGCUAGAACCACCUUGAACAGCAUAGUAAAUAGUACCACGGCACUGGAAAGUACAGUAAACAGUACAAUAAAUAGUACCACUUUGUACAGCAUAACAAACAACACCUCAGGAAAGUACUGCUUUAUAGGUCAGAGAGUUGAACUUCUAUCAAGAAGGUGACUUAACGCACUUUAAUCAAGCACUGACAAGCUGCCAUAUUCAGCGAAUCUGGGAUGAACUCAUAGAUAAAAGUCAUUACGAAGAAAGAAGGAGACACGUUGAGUCCUUUAACAGGUUCGUACAGCGACACACUGACAUGCUAAAUUUAAGCGUCCAGAUUGCAUCUCUGUAUACCUUAAUUUUCACAUUUUUAAGGGUUUAGGCCUCAGAUCCCCGUAGAAAGUCGCCCUUUCACGACCACCCUUUGGCCGUCCCAACGAGAGUUCUCCUUUUGUUCUCACCUCUAUUAAGCGGCCGUCAAGCGCCUGAUACACUCGUUCUGCUUUAUUUUGAGAAAAUGACUGAAAAUAUAGUCCGAAAUAAAAGGUGACAAGCAAUUGUGGUCCAGUAGUGAUGCUCCUGUCUCGUGUUUGUGUCAAAAUAAAGUGAUAUCUCCUUAAGAUUAUGGUAAUUUCUGAAGAACCUCCAUUAAGCGGCCACUUGCCGGUACCUCACUAGUCUGCUACACAGCCGUUUUUAUUGUCGUCACGCAAUGCGUUGCGUGACGACACUAAAAACGGCUGUUUAGCAGACUAGUACCUCACCGGUGACCGCUCAAUCGAGGUUCAACUGCAGUUAGUCCUGUGGGUAAUGCAGCUUACGUUAGCGUGUGUCUUGUCUCAAGGGAGAACCGUUGGAAGAAGAGAGGUAUCGCACUGACACCUACCAAGUUUGGUAUUGCAUUUACUGCUACAUUUAUGAACCAGGUAGGAAGUCACUUUAACCCUCACAGAAUGCCUUUUUAGCCACAAGGGUAAAAAAACAAUUUCUCUUGACACCGAGUCGGAACCUUAAACGUCCUUGUCCUAAGCGAACUCUUUGGCCAUUCGCCACGCUUGUGCGAAACCCCUAAGAACCCUUUCGACGUUCAAGACUACCUUGGAGCAUAAUCUAACAUUUCAUAGUUAAAUGGACGUUUGUCAACGAAAGACUUACAUUAUGGAAGUCCUUUCUGGCGCAGAGAAUCUUUUGGAUGAAUGCUCGGGAAUUCCAUCAACGACUAUAACUAGCGCCCAGAUAGCAUGAGAUAAUUGUCAGCCCUUCUGUUCGGUGGUUGACUGCAACACAGGGUUUUUUCCUCAAAAUAAGUUUUUUUUUCAGAGCGCGAAGCAUCACACGCCCUAGUCUCACUCUUCGUUUUCACCCUCCCUGUACGACUUUCGUUUUACCGAUCGCAUGUUUUGAACUACGCAAAAAACGGACUGUUUUGCAGUUUAGUUCGGUGCAAGUUUUGUUACUUCUUGCGCAAAGCUCUGCAGUUAUAUAAACAGAGAUCUCAAACAUAUGACUUCCAUUUGGAAUGUCUUCGAAUAUGGAUAUUUACUUAUUUAUUCACUCCAGGCUGGAGCCUUGGUUCAUGUUUAUACAGACGGAUCAGUUCUUGUCACUCACGGAGGAACAGAAAUGGGACAAGGACUACACACUAAAAUGGUGCAGGUUAGUGAAAAAAUGGAAACUAAAGAGAUGCAAGAAAUGCUGGGUCAUGGGUAAAACCACUGACCAAUACUGUGUACGGCGUCAAAAAAUCGUCAACAAAGGCUUUAGAAUCGCUUUUGACUUAUCAAAUUUCAUACUUUUUGGAAUUAAAAGAACUGAGGAACUUAAAAAUAUUCACCAAAAACUCUAAAAUUACACCAGAUCUCAAAGAAUCCUAUAGUUUUCUUCUUCACCUCGAGAAAAAUGCGUAGUAUUGUAGCUGGGCCUGCUGUUUACAUAAUUUCAACUCGUGGGUUCUUAAUUGAUUUUUCCCGGCCUUGGUUUAUUUUUCGUUUGUCGAAUUGUUACUUUAAUGCUUGUCCUUUUGUAGGUGGCUUCUCGUUGUUUUGGCAUUCCAGUCUCCAAGAUUCACAUCACAGAAACUAGCACCAACACAGUGGCCAACACAUCACCCACUGCUGCUUCGGCGUCCUCAGAUCUCAAUGGCAUGGCGGUCAAGGUCAGCUAACCUAUUUACUAUACGUUUAUAUUUCUGUCACCUUCCCUCUUAACAGUGGUCUUCGUAAUGCAAUAUAAUGAUUGUCAAGUGUAAUUUAUUCUACACUAUACUUUUUUGAAAAACGUUUAAUGACACCUUGCUUGUUGGCCUCUUCUUUUAAAGUGUUGUACGAAGAAAAUCCAAGACAAAGCGCUUCCUUUCGCUCAACAGCUGUUAACACUGUUUCUUUUUUUCGCACAUUUCGUUCGGCGUGUCGCUUUGAAUGGCUGCUUUCUCUUGAAAAAAGUUUGGAGCAAGUAUAAGCAUGAACCUACCGGUACUGCAAGACGCUUUAAUAUGUGCUGCCCGCUUCUGCUAUGAAUAAGUGCUCGCGUUUGGGGAUGAUGUCCAAAAUUUUCUACUGUAAUAGGAGCAAUACUGUUUGAUAUGGUUUUGCAGAUUGCAUGUGAGCAGAUACUGGAGCGGUUAAAACCCUAUCAAAUGAAGAAUCCCAAAGGAUCUUGGGAAGACUGGGUAAGUAAAUGGAGACAUGCUCAUCCCUUAGUCAGGCCUUUAAUUUGUUCACCAUUUUGUUCCGCCGCCAGUUGGCCAUCAUUCUGUUGGUCGAUAAGUCGGUGAUUUGCUCAAUUAGUUCAUAUUUAUCAUACAAUUGGCCAUUUUUUGUUGUUGCUUAACUUGCUUCAAGUUUAUGAUGACAAAAAUCAUUUAAUGGUUUGUCCUUAACAGUUUCUUUUUCGCUGACCAGGUUCGCUCGGCCUACUUUGAUCGAGUCAAUCUUUCUGCCAAUGGAUUUUACAAGUAAGAAAGUAACAGUGUUGUGGUUAUUAUUUUUCUAAUUGUUUAUUUUCUGCGCAACAAAGGUCAAUUCACGCAGACCCACGACAGGUAAUUCAAAAUUGGAAGUAAGAGAGUUUCCAUGGACAAUUCACAAAAAUACUGACCGUAGUGAAGAAACGCUGUGAAGUUAAGGGUUCCUGAACAGAGCGAAAUAUCUUAGGGUUUUACGUGUAUGGCUCUGUACAGGGGUCUGGGAUCGACCAAAUAUUAAAAUAUUGGUAUUGUGUGAAAAAUAGUCUUGGAACUAACUUUGGAUCGAGGGUUGUGUAGCGACAUCUUUUGACAUACAAAUAUUAGCCUCAACAGCAAUCUAGUUCCAGUUUGCUACAUAUGGUUCGUACGCGUAAUUUUUUGUGGCGCGUUUUGUCUCUGUUCUGACUGAAAUGAAUAUGGCUAGCCUGUAAUGAUUUGUGUGACUGAUUAUAGUAGAGAAAUCCCAGCUCCCGUCUCGUUAAGGUAUAAUGGUAACGCUUUUUUGCUGCAGUUUCAGUUAAACGCAGCUUUGUUUGCUUGUUAUCUCACAGAACGCCGGAUUUAGGAUAUGACUGGACGACCAAUACAGGCAGAGUUUUUAACUACUUCUGUUUUGGAGCAGCUUGCUCGGAAGUGGAAAUCGACUGCCUCACAGGAGAUCACCAGGUAGGAAAGUUACUGUCGCGCCGUGUUGAGAAUGCCACGUCACAUUAAUUGGCUAGGUCGUAAACAUCGGGUACAUUAUUUUGAGACCGCCAUGCAACACAAGAUUGUCAAACGUUGUGAAAUUAACCGACAUUGCUUGUUUACGCGACCAGGUAUCGUACUAUGGAAUAGGUUAACUUAUCGUCACAAUUUUAGUCCCGGAGUUACUUCCAUGUACGUGUCACUCAUGUAGUUAUACCUAUAACUUUUAAGUUUUCUGUGGAAUGCUAGACCUUUUUUGCAUGGACGAGGUUGAGCAAAAUAUCCGGAUUUCUACUGGCAAGCAAAUCGACUGUUAUUUUUUCAAAUUUGUCCAACAGGUUCUUCGCACGGACAUAGUGAUGGAUGUUGGCAACAGUCUUAAUCCGGCUAUCGACAUUGGGCAGGUCAGACUUUUUAGUAGACUUGGUCCCCGCGAAAAUACGUCAGUUGACAUACGUUUUUCUUAAGACCAUAGACCUUUGUCACGCGGCGGUCAUUUUAGUUUUGUCUCAGGAGAUUUAAAAAGCUUUGUUCAUGCACGGCUAGUCUCGUAGAGAGAACGAGGCCAGCCGUGCGUAAACAAGGUCUAUUCUCCAAGUUUUUAAGGCACUGCCUACGUCACAAGAAAAUGCAAGCUUCCCUUCCCCACUCCCCCAAGUAAUGUUUGAUUUGGGGAGGGAUGGGGAAUGAAGAUGGUUCUUGAUUGGUUUGUUCUCCGAAAGAUACCGCAUGUCACAAAAGUACCUCAAAAAUUUUGUCGCUGAUUUUCAACCAUUCGUUUUCAAUUUUUAUGUUAUUCUUUCCAGGUUGAAGGCGGCUUUGUCCAAGGACUAGGUUUGUUUACCAUCGAAGAAAUACGCUACUCUCAGACUGGCACGCCGUGGACCACGGGGCCUGGAGCGUACAAGAUUCCCGGAUUUGCGGACAUUCCAGUGGAAUUUUAUGUUCAUCUAUUGCGGAGUGCACCGAACGAAAAAGCGGUUUUUUCUUCAAAAGUACGAAGAAUCUUCAUAGAUGUUAAAACGCUUCCUUUCCGGUUCAUUGUGUACCAUUUUAAUCGCCCUAAGUCUGUGUGGAUUAUUAUCCUUCUCCGGCUAGGCCCGUUUCGCCGAGAGAUAGGGUUGAGCCAGUUAAGCGAAGUUUUUUCCCCAGGAACAUUUUUGAAACCGCAUAUUUUUUACCCGAAUAAUUCGUGUGAACGAGGCCUUAAACCAUCCGCAGAUCUGUGGAAAAAAUGAUGCGGUUUUGGUGUGCGUAUUCACUGGUAUCUUUUGAACGAAAGGUUGAUUCUUGUAAAAAAAAAACUGGUGUGGUUGGUGUGGAUGGUGCCCUAUUCUGUAGAGAAGGUAUUGCUAAAUCCUCGCUCCGACAUCGGAAAAAUGAAUUGAAUCUAAUAUCUUCUGAUAACAGUCACAUUUUAUUUUCAGGCCGUCGGCGAGCCUCCUUUGUUCCUAGCCUCUUCAGUAUUUUACGCUAUUAAAGAUGCCAUCAUGUUCGCCAGGUUAGAAUCCUUCUUUAUUAGAUUAAGCCCUAAAACUGAAACUCUCUCUUAUCUAACCUGAAAUAAAUUUCCUUAUUUAAUGCUUUGCAUCGUCCUGUCACUUUUUUUCCCCAUGUUUUUCGUUUUUUGAAUCUUGUAUUUUAUAAAUUUUAUGUUAUUAUAAUGGAGAGUAGUGACAGAUAUUAGGACGAAAACUCUGUUUUCUUUUUUAGCCACAAAUUUUGGUCAUCCUUUUGUUCGUUCUUCCUUUUUUCCUUCCAAUUUUUCUUUCUUUCCUUCCUUUUUCCUUCUUUAUUUCAUAUUUAUGUAUUUACAGUUUGUGAUGUAUUUAUUUAUGUAUUUAUUCCACAUGUAUUUACUUUUAUUUAGUAUUUGCGUAGUGAAUCCAUGCAGCUGGUUGCAGUUUGACUGUAAAAAUAUUGUUUUACCUCUACUCAUUUUAGGCGCGAAUCAGGUGUUGAAGGGGUGUUUAGACUGGACAGUCCAGCUACUAGUGAGCGCAUCAGGAUGGCUUGUGUUGAUGAGUUUACUAAGCAGGUAAAAAAAUUUAUUUUUUGCCUUUACCGCCAAGAAAGUGAACUGGAGGCAGGAGGCGUA